AUGCCGCCCCAUCCGACAUACAAGCUUUCGCCAGAGCAGAUUGCUCACUUUAUGCAAUAUGGCUACGUACGAGUUCCCCAAUGCUUUUCCCGAGAGAAAGCAGCCGUGUGGACAGCCGACGUGUGGACACGCCUCGGCUUCUCCCCAACAGACAAAUCAACAUGGGUGACGGAGUGUACACAUAUGCCCGAACAUAGAGAGGAGCCCGUGAAGACCUUCGCACCCAAAGCAUGGGCUGCCAUUUGUGAGCUGCUGGGCGGCGAAGAACGAAUAGAUGAAGACUCAGCGACCUGGAACGACGCGUUUAUCGUGAAUCUUGGCACACCCGAGUCGGAAGGGAAGUGGCCUCAUCCAUCGGAGUUGGAGGGGUGGCAUGUGGACGGGGAUUUCUUUAUUCACUUCCUUGAUUCCCCCGAGCAGGGACUGCUGGUCAUUCCCCUGUUUAAUGAUAUCGAAGAACAUGGUGGGGGGACCAUGAUAUGUACUGAUUCCGUGAAGCAUAUUGCGCGAUUUUUGGCAAGUAUCAUGAUUCCUGUCUUAACUGUUCGGUACCAGUAUGAUAAUCCUCAAGGGGUAUCACCAUACAUGGUUCCUCGGGGUUGGAAAUUCCGCAAGCCCAAGGAUGAUUUUUAUGACUCGGUUCUGGAGAAAUGCAAUGAAUUCCAUGAGAUGACAGGCAAUGUGGGCGACGUGAUCCUUCUUCACCCAUUGAUGAUGCACUCGCAAUCUGUCAACAGUCUGAGGAUUCCGCGGAUCAUCACUAACCCCCCCGUGUCGCUAAAUGAACCGCUGAACUUCGAUCGGAAAGACUCACACCAAUUUAGUAUUGUUGAAAAGAAAACACUUCAGGACCUUGGGAAGAAUCGUCUGCGAGGAUGGAAGGUUAAAGGUGGCCGCGCAUCUGUGGUGCCUGAACGGUUGGAGAAACAGGACAAAAUGAAAGAGCAAGAGCUCGGAAGACUCAAGCGGUAG